UCACCCAAAUUCAAACUCCCACAUUACAACUCAAUUACCAUCUUUCUUUGCUUUUCUCUUGAGAGGAUUAAUUCAAUUGCUUAAGGCCUACAGCAAUGGAGGCAACUCAAAAUUUCUUCCAUGGAACCCUUGAAGUUACAAUCUUUGAUGCAACACCUUAUUCUCCCUCAUUUCCUCUCAAUUGUCUAUUUGUAAAUGGAAAGCCCACAUAUGUGAAUGUGAAGAUAGACAAGAGGAAGGUAGCAAAAACAAGUCUUGAACGAGAAAGAAUUUGGAACCAAACAUUUCAAAUUCUAUGUGCUCACCCUCUGGACUCCACCAUCACCAUUACCUUGAAAACAAAGUGCUCCAUCUUGGGAAAAUUCAACAUCCAAGCACACAAGAUUGUUACCCAAGCAACUUUGAUCAAUGGCUUCUUCCCACUCGUAAUGGAAAAUGGGAAACCAAAUCCUGAACUCAAGCUCAGGUUCAUGUUAUGGUUUAAACCAGCAGAACUUGAACCAACUUGGACAAGGAUAAUCAGCCAUGGUCAAUUUCAGGGACUGAGAAAUGCUUCAUUUCCUCUAAGAUCAAAUUGCCAUGUCACACUUUAUCAAGAUGCUCAUCAUUGCUCUACCUUUCAACCUCCUCUUGCUCUUUGUGGGUCUCCAAGGAAAUUAUGGGAGGAUGUCUACAAAGCCAUUGAGGGUGCAAGGCAUCUAAUUUACAUUGCUGGGUGGUCUUUCAAUCCCAAAAUGGUGCUGGUUAGGGAUCCUGAAACAGAAAUGCCACAAGCAAGAGGAGUAAAGCUUGGAGAAUUGUUGAAAAGGAAAGCUGAGGAAGGUGUAGCAGUGAGAAUAAUGGUUUGGGAUGAUGAAACAUCCUUGCCAAUUAUCAAGAACAAAGGUGUGAUGGGAACUCAUGAUGAGGAUGCUUUUGCUUAUUUCAAACACACCAAAGUAAUAUGCAGAUUAUGUCCAAGAUUACACCACAAGUUCCCUACUUUGUUUGCUCACCAUCAAAAGACUAUAACAGUUGAUGUUCGAGCCAAUAAUGAUUCUAUAAAUGAUCGCGAAAUCAUGAGUUUUGUUGGAGGUUUAGAUCUUUGUAAUGGCCGGUUCGACACAGAACAACAUUCUUUGUUUCAAACACUCAAUAAAGAAUCACAUUGUUGCGAUUUUUAUCAGACAAAUAUUGCUGGAGCUUGCCUGCACAAGGGAGGGCCAAGAGAGCCUUGGCAUGAUACUCAUGCUUGUAUUCUUGGUGAGGCUGCUUGGGAUGUGCUCACCAAUUUUGAGCAAAGGUGGACUAAACAAUGUGACCCUUGUUUGUUACUCAACACUAGCUCCAUACCAAAUCUCCCACGCCAACUGACUGUGUCUUCAAGCAACCCAAAUGGCAGAAAUUGGAAAGUUCAAGUCUUUCGAUCGAUAGACCAUGUUUCAGUAACCCAAAUGGCAAGAAACGUAACUGUGGAGAGAAGCAUCCAUGAAGCUUACGUAGAAGCAAUCAGGCGUGCAGAGAGGUUCAUAUAUAUUGAGAACCAAUACUUCAUUGGAGGGUGUCACUUGUGGGAUAAAGAUAGGCACUGCGGAUGCAGAAACUUGAUCCCAAUUGAGAUUGCACUUAAGAUAGUUAACAAGAUCAAAGCAAAAGAGAGAUUUGCAGUGUAUGUAUUGAUUCCAAUGUGGCCUGAAGGGGUCCCUGAGAGUGAGCCAGUUCAGGAUAUUUUGCAUUGGACAAGAGAGACUAUGUCAAUGAUGUAUAGGCUCAUUGGAGAAGCAUUGCAAGAAAGUGGCCAGAUGGGGCACCCAAGAGAUUUCUUGAACUUCUUCUGCCUCGCAAAUAGAGAAGAAGAGAGAAAGGGAGAGUUUGUGCCUCCAUAUUCUCCCCAUACAUCAACACAAUAUUGGAAUGCACAGAAUCAUAGGAGGUUCAUGGUUUAUGUUCACUCCAAGCUCAUGAUAGUAGACGAUGCAUACAUAUUAAUAGGAUCUGCAAAUGUGAACCAAAGAUCGAUGGAUGGGCAACGUGACACUGAGAUUGCAAUAGGAUGUUAUCAACCACAAAAUGAUAGAAACAACACUAACCCUAAUGAUAUCCUAGCAUACAGAAUGUCACUGUGGUAUGAGCACACUGGCUUGGCUGAACAAACAUUCCUCCAGCCCCAAAGCCUGGAAUGUGUGCAGACAAUUUAUUCAUUAGGGGAAGCAAUGUGGAAAAUUUACAGUGGUGAAGAAGUUGUAGACUUGGAAGGUGUGCACUUGGUGAAUUAUCCUGUGAAUAUAACAAAGGAUGGUGUUGUUGAGGAUCUUGUUGAUGGAGAUGGUAACUUUCCUGACACAAAAACUCCAGUUAAAGGUAGGAGAUCCAAGGUGCUUCCUCCCAUUUUUACCACAUAGUUCUCAAUAGAUAGGUUGAUUAAGAUUUGUAUACAAUGAUUCAUUUGGCUACAGAAACUAAAACAAAAUGGGGUGUAAAGUCUUUGAAUGUUAACCUGGAAGGAUCAUUGUGAGAUUGUGCAUUACAUAUCAAUAAUUGAAUAAAAAACAUCAUGAAUGUAAGGACAAAGUAGUUUCAUCCAUCAACUUUGUAAUAAUUUAUGAAGAGUGUCCCCACAUCAUACUCCCA